GAGAAUGAAAAGCCACGCCCAGCCCUCAUUUCAACCCAGACACUGAGCAGAAAGGAUCUCUGUGCAGUUCUGAAAUACUGACAAUUGUACGAGUAGUAUCGUAGCUCUGUGUUGGAAGACAAGGCCGGGAUUAAAGUGCAGGGGCACGUGACGUCACUUCAUCACGCCUUGCUCUGCCCCAGGCACUACUGCGGCGCACAGAAGAGCGCUCUAACAGACUGAACAAUGCCGGACCCUCUGGAUCUGUCCGCCCCAGACAUUCCAGAGCCAGGACUUCUGGAAACUGUGCUUCGCUAUGGCCUUUUCUGUGGAGCCAUCUUCCAACUGAUUUGUAUUUUGGCCAUCAUAUUCCCUGGAAGCAAGGGCCAGGAAAUGGAAUCUGAUACCCAAGAAGUAAAGAGUACAGAAGUGGUAAAGAAACCUAAAAUGCCACCAGUCACACUUGGAAAGAAGCAGAAGAAGGAAACAAAGAAGAAGAGGUGAGAAGAGAAGCUGCAACGUUUGAACUUUCUCCAUGGGAAAAUGUCCUUUUGAGGCAUCCAUGAACCUCUUUUCCACUGAGAUCCAGGCAGCAUUCCUCUUGAUACUUGUCCUUAAUACACAGCCAUCAUUGGUGGGCCGCUCAGAGACACUAUCCAAUAUGAUGUUUUUUUUCAUUGUACAGUGUUUUGUCCAUUCCUUGCAGUCUGAUUAAUAAUAAUCACACAAUAGACCAACAGUAUAGGGUUAGUGCCCUGUAUUUGGCUUUGAAUGCUUAAGGCAUUGGCUUUGUGUAUCAUCGAAAUAUUACUUUGCAUGUAAUAUAUCCCAUUUGUGAAGCACACAAACACACAGGAGGUUGGGCACCUACUGUAUUUUAUUUGGUUAUAUGCAGCUGUGCUUUGUGUAGUCAUAAAUUAUGGGUUUAAAAUUGACCAUACACUGUAAGAUCUGCUCGUUUGGCAAGGUCCCCAAGCAAGAGCAUCUUCUCCUGAUAUGGACACCUAUAGGUGCUCAAUAUUGGGCUAAACUAUCAAAUUAAAACAGCGGGCAUAGGCACUGCCAGUUCAGGGGCCAUAUCAACAAGCUGAUGCAGUCCUCAGUCAAACCUGGCCAAUCAAGAUCUGGACGAUUUCAGGCCAGAUGUCAGUCGGGCAGGCCCGUCGUUGAUGCCCAUACACAGGCAUUUAAGCUGCCGAAUUUGUCUAAAGAACCGAUAUCGGCAGCUAAAAUUGGCCCAUGUAUGGCCAUCUUCACUUGUUACCCAGGUCAUGAUCUGCAACUGACCCACUGAAAUCCUUCCUCUUUAAAAAGAGCAUUUUGUACAUUGAGAAAUACACAUUUAGAUUUUCAUGUCUUGACUUAAAAGGGAAGUCAGAGUUAAGUCCAUGUGGGCCAUGCCAAGACCCCUUUUUUUUUUCAAAAACCUCUUCUUUUGCAGAGGUUAACAUGUAAAAUAUUAUUAAAAGAAAGACGUGCUACAAAA